CAGUGUUUGACGGCUAGUCGCACACGGCUCUGCCCCGCCACCUCUUGGGCGGACUUAGCCUUAGCCCCCUGCCAUCUAUGAUAAGAUAAGCAGCACUGGAAGGAUCCACACGUCAACCUGAUCCUGGAAAGGCUCAUUGCUUCUUUGCGACGAUCUUCUUCUGUUAACAUAAUCCAACCUCGAAUCCCACACGGGCCACUUAUUGACACCCGACCUACGGUAUAUCAAUUUUACCAUCGUACCUCGAAAGCAACCCUCUCUUCCACCCAUAGAACCGUCGACCCAAGAACACCCCGAAAAAGACCGCCCAAGAUGCCGAAAGCAGAAGUCGGCUCGACGAAGCACCUGAACAACAAGCUCAAGAGCAAAGGCCUCCAGCGGCUGCGCUGGUACUGCCAGGUGUGCGAGAAACAAUGCCGCGACGAGAACGGCUUCAAGAUGCACACGCAGUCAGAGUCGCACGUGCGGCAGAUGAUCGUCGUCGGCGAGGACCCCAAAAAGUUCCUCAACGAGUACAGCAACCAGUUCCUCCGCGACUUCACCCAGCUGCUGCGCACGGGGCACGGCGAGAAGCAGGUGCAGAUGAACCACUUUUACCAAGAGUACAUUGCCAACAAGGAGCACGUGCACAUGAACGCGACGAAGUGGCCCAGCUUGACCGAGUUUGCGAAGCACCUGGGUCGGGAGGGCAUCUGUCGCGUCGAGGAGAACGAGAAGGGUAUACAUAUUGCGUGGAUCGAUAACUCGCCAGAUGCGCUCAAGAGGCAGGAGGCGUUGAGGAGGAAGGAGGCGCAGGAUCGGGGCAACGAGGAGGUUGAGCAGAUGAUGAUUCGGGAGCAGAUCAAGAGGGCGCAGAAGGCGGCCGAGGCGAGGGGCGAGAAGCCCGAUGACGAAGAAGAGCGGGAGAGGGGGCUGCAGAGGACAGAAGGAGAAAAGGUGUCGUUGUCAUUUGGGGCCAAGCCUGCGGCAGCGAAGAAGGAGCCCAGCCCGACGGGAGCGCAGUCCAAGUCCGCCGAUCCCGAGGCCGCGACUAUGGCGACGAAUGUGGCCCCUACAGAGGCGUCGAAGAAGACGGAGGAUAAGCCUGCCGAGAAGCCGUCUCUCGGAGGCGGUCUAUCGCUCAAGAUGACGGCGAAGCCCCAGACCAAAAAUGUGUUUGCUCAGGCCAAGAAGAACGCGCUGGCGGGCGGCGCGAAGAAGUCUGCCUUUGAGCAACCGAAAAAGAUGAGCGAGGCGGAAAGGAUCAUGAAGGAAGACAUGGAGAGGCAAAAGGGGAAACGAUCAAGAGACGGGGGAUCCGGUUUCGGCGGGUUUGCAUUCAAGAAGCAAAAGACGGAUCAGCGGUGAUCUCAACUCUUGGUCAGGGGAUUGAUUUUGUCUCGCGUCGACAGGCGUUUUGGUUUACAAUAGGGGGGCAUCACAUUAUAACAAAAAAGGAGGUUCAACGACUUGCAUGGGCGAAACUUGGGUUACACUUUUAGAUACCAUUUUGAGAAUUGUUUCAUCUGAAUAGAGUCUUCCCUGACUCCUUACCGACCUUCUUUGACUCCCCGUAAACGCCUUGUAUGUAAAAGAAAAAAAAAACAUGGUUCGAUAACUCGUAGCCAAUCUCAAGCAUCAACCUCAGUCUCCGUUCCGUCGCGCCUGUAAUCUAGUCAGUCAAAAGUUUACCCAAAGCCCAACCAUCCUUUACAUUCUCGUAUUCCACGCAAAUAAAAAGACAGAAGUAUCCAAAGAGAGGGGCGUUACUGACGGGAUAUAGUGUAUCCUGUACU